UAACCAUUUCGAAUCAUAUUUUCACUUAUUAUAUAUUUUUGUUUAAAGCUUUCGCUUACUAUUUGCCACGAUAUGUAAGUUGUUUUUUUUCAUCUUUCGUGGGCGGAUGGCAUCCACUUUCAAACUCGGUGUGUGACCAUCCAGCAAAAAUAUAAACGGAAACAUUUUGAUAGCCGCGGCUAAAAGGACAGACAGACAGCUGAGAAUUUUUGAUUUCACCUUGAAUCUUGUGCUGACUAUAUUAAGUUUGUAUCAUCUUUGGAUGUUUGAAAGAAAAUUUUGAAAUAAAAACAAGAUUUUGUUCGAUGCUAAAUGAAAGGCUUUGUAGCGGUGAUUAUCAAUCUUAUUGUUACUUCGCCUCCGCGAAUUUGUGUUAGAAGGGGUCGGGAGCGUGUUGACUUUGUCAAAAGAGGGAAGUUACAGAGACGUUGUAAAUUACAAAAGUCGCCUAUCAGCAUCGAAAUCCCAUUCGAUCUGCAUCGUCUGUCCAUCCAUUCGAUGUCUUUGCUAAGCAUUCUCCUGGCCCCAAGGAUGGGGUUGUUGGCUUCGAAUUUAGAAGAAACAUUAGAAGCUCUUGCGACAAGGUUGGUAUUAACAAUGGACCAAAUCGGUCAAAGGAUACACCCAGAGUACAAAUUAAACGGAGAAUAGCCUUGUCUUCGAAAGCCAAAAAAUUGAAUUUCGUGCUCAUUCAUAACCCAUUACAGAUGCAAUCAUGAUUUCCGUGUAUGCCUGUACAAACAUUUUUUCGGUUUUUUAAGAAAAAAGUGGCGGGUAUAAGAGAUUCGGCCCUAGCCGGAUAUAAUUUUCUUAUUUGUUUUUGGGUUAACUUGAAAUUUUUGGAACAAUAUAAAGUUAUUGUUCUCAAAGACAAUUUAUAGUUGUUUUCAAAGCAUUAUAUGGUUAACUGUGUAUUUACAACUUUGCGGCAUUUGAGAACGUAGGAAAUAGAAAGGCAAAUGGAGUAGCGAAGGAUUUAAAUCAACAUAUUUAAUAUGGGUGUGAGCUCAUAUCGAACGUUCUAGGUAUUAAGCAAAAGUGCCUCUGGACAACUUUUUAGAUAAAUGAAACAAUUCAGGUAAAAAGGUUAUAGUAAUUCCUAAAGAUAGCCCAGCAAGAGCAUGAUGAACCGAUUUCACCAUUAAUAGAGCAAUGUUAGCUCUAACGGAAUUUUUUCUUUCAGAUCGCACUGAUUGUUGCAAUUUUCUUCUCACUACACUUUCCAUGUGUUAAUCAUAGUUUUUCUACGAUUCUUGUCUUAAUUGAACGUUUUUUAAAACUUUCAAGAACUAAGCGUUCUUUGGCCCGCAAUACCGAAAAGGCUUAAUAUUUUCUGUGAUAAAUGCGUUGAAGCAAUAUAUUGGAAAGAGAAUGGAGGAAAUCAUAGAAUAUUUUUUUAAUUUUCAAGUUACAUUCCGUAAUUGCCUAGAAGAACGAAUACCAGGGCAAGAUAUAUUCACACAUUGUGUUGUAUUAACAAUAAUAAAUAAAAUUCUUUAAGAUAAGAAAAAUGUAUGAAAUAAAAGAAUGUAUUAGAAUGAAAAAGAAAAGAACAACGCGUGAAUACUUGUUGACGCUAUUGUGUAGCGUUUAAGUUACUAUUGUAGAGACUUGAGCUGAUAACAUUUCAACGACGACAAUAUAUUGUAUGCAUUAAGAUAGACGAGGAAAAAAGGUUUAAUAAAUAAAUUUUUAUAAAAAACAUUUAGAAAAUGAUGAAAAACAAAAAAGAGGAAAACUCGUUAAAUUCUUUUUAGCGGUAUAUGACACAACAUUGAGCAGACGACAGCACAGAUGAUAAUGCAUAUAAUCGCAUGUAUAAAUAAUAAUUGAAACUGAACGUCAUUGCCUAAAUACGAGAACGUACACGUACACAUAUAUGCAUGAAUUUUGAAAAUGGAAAAAAAAUUAUCAGUUAUCUUCGUAUGUAAACACUCUUCGCCGUAUUUUUCUGGCAUAUGUUGCGAAAUGAAUGUUUUUGGUUUUUGUGGUAAAUAAAUUCCAAAAUCUUGCAUGAGGGAAAUAUUGAUAAGCAUAUUUGGUUAACAAUUGCUUUCGUGCACGUAUGUAUGUACGUAUGUAUCGUAGCUCUUUGCUUAUUUAUUUAUUUAUUUGUGUGCAUAAGUCCCACAUUAUCUCGAUGAAAACAUCUCUCGCGCAACUCUUGCUUAGCUGGUAGUAUAGUGAUAUAGUGAUAGAUAUCUAAAUAAUGAUGAUUAAUGUGUUCUGUGUGGUGGUUGGUUGGUAUGGUCGUGUUAACAAUUCAAACGGUCCAUCUAAUAUCCUUCAUUGUUACCCGUUCAUGGUAGUUAUAUAUGCUUUUCCUUGUUUGUUUUGUGUUUUUGUGUCUUCUGUGAUGUGGGUGGCAACUGCGUUUGUAUAGUUGAUUAUCUUUCCAUAGCAAUCAACAGGGAAAGUAUCAACGAAAAUAAUGAGUAAAAAGUAAUCUUGUUAGUAAAGUGUUUUCAUUCUUAUUGCGUCUUUUAUAAAUAUUGUGCAUGUUUUUCUCACGAGAUAAUAUGCCGAAAGCGGAGACUUAUACAUCGUCAUAUUACGGGAGCUGUUAACCCCUGCACGAAUUUGAGUCAGCCAGGGAUCGGUGUUACUACUUUCCUGUCUCUGUAAUGUAAACUAAGUGGAAUGUUCCUGAGAGAACCAGAUCUUCCAUAAGGAAUGUAAUAUCGAGAAUUUGAGUGGAUUGAACGAGGCAUCCACAAAACUGAUUUGAUUUACAUCGUCAUCGUAUCCAUCAAUUUGCUUUUGCUGUGUAUUUGUUUGGGCUUGAUCUGGCAUCAUAAUCCGAAAUAACCUCAUAAGGCGAAUAUCGUUUGAAAACCGAAAAUCCUACGCAAUGAUUACGUUAUGUUGGACUUUUUGUCGCAGUUUUUAUGACGUUGUAUACCCUAUACUACUUCCGAAGCAAUCUGAUCGAACCAUUUUUAAUGCUGUUCACACUUGGGCCAAAAUAUGUCUUUAUCAAAAUACCUCAAAACAAGAUGGAUCGACAGACAGAAACACAAGUGUAGAUCGAUGUAGAAAAUGAUUCUGAAUAGAUCGGUUUAAUAAAAGACGGGUGUACCACAAGUUCCAAAAAUUCGAUAUCGCAUAAUUUUUGCUUGUUUAAUAUCUCGUUCUGCUCCGAAUAUCCAAGAUAUCGUUUCAAGUGUUGGCUUAAUUUUACGAAACUAUGAAGGUGAACGGCAUAUACUACAACUCGCUUUCCGUUUAACAUUAUAACUGUAUUGCGCUCAAAAUUUAGGCGAGCGACAUGGAUAUUGACCCAACUUCCUGCCUAAGUUACGAGCGUUAUACUGGAAGUGCUGGCUUUUCAAUAGUCGACCAUUUUUAAAGUUUUUGAAAGUUAGCUGAUUGAAAACGUUCUCCAAAGAUUUGCAUAUUUGAGAUUAAAUUUUUUGUGAACUGUUGAAAACCAUCUUUAAAAACCCUAAGAAGAGGUGAACGGUUAGCGUUUCUGAUAAGCCUUUAAGCUUACCUUGAAAACCUAGUAAAAGUUUUCAGCAAAAACUUAUUCGGCGCGGGUAUUUGAUGGCCGCACUCAUCUGAUUUGGAUCCGUGCGACUUAUUUCCGUUUCUAAAGCGAAUUAUUACCAUUUUGAGAUAAAACUUUUCAAUCAGUUGAAAGCGUGGAUCGAAAGACCACGUCUCAAUUCGCCUGGAGAAAACACGUGGAGACCACCAGGAGAUAUCAGGUACUAACGCAACACUUUUGAUUUAAAUUAAAAAAAAAAUAUUUUUUGUUGACUUUUUUUUUGAUUUUCUUUCUUAUAAUUUUUAUUGCGCCUUUCAUGCUAGUUGCCAUUGAAUUUAAUCGAUUUUUUCAUAUUCGUAAUUUUGUGGUCAUAUUCACUUUAUCGUUUUUUUAUUUUUUUUAUUUCUUUAUUUAGAAUAUGUGUAAUUAAUAAAUUGAACAAAAAAUUAUUAAUUUUGUGAAAGCCAAGCCUGCCUUAUCGCAGGAAUAAAUCAACAAAAAAAAAAAAAUCAUUUACUGCAACCUAUAUGGGAAAAGGCCAUGGAAGUCUAUGAGCACGAAUCGCGACAACGUGUCCUAAAUUGCAGGACUAUCCGUCCUUGCUCUGCAAAUGAACCAACUUAUGAUGGAAGUGGGCCAUUGUCCGUAAUACAUAAGCAGGUUCCAGGCCAGCCAUUUAUUAGACCUCUUGAUUGGGCUUUCUACCCCAGAUUGUGCGAAAUCUACGCAUGGCUAGAUGAACUCAUCGAUAGAUUCCCCAAAAUAGUUACUGGCUUCAAUAUCGGACGCUCGUAUGAGGGCCGAUUAAUAAGGGGUAUUAAAAUCUCCUUUAAAUCGGGAAAGAAAGCAAUUUUUAUUGAGUCAAAUAUUCACGCUCGAGAAUGGAUAACAUCAUCGGCUAUUACUUAUGUAGUUAAGGAAAUAUUAUUUUCUCAUAAUCGGGAUGUACGCACUAUGGCUGAGAGCCUUGACUGGUAUAUCAUACCUGUAUUGAACGUUGACGGUUUUGUUUACUCACAUAAGAAGGAACGAUUAUGGCGGAAAUCAAGAAGACCGGCAAGUCCCGAUUGCCUAGGUACGGAUUUAAAUCGUAAUUUCGGCUUUCUCUGGGGACAGAAACAGAGUGAUCCUUGUUCUACUCAAUAUGCUGGCCCCCACGCUGAAUCUGAACCGGAAAUACAGCAAUUGAAAAAUUUUAUUGAUAGUAUACCAGAUGGUGUUCUUAAAAUUUAUGUAGGGCUACAUUCGGCUGCACAAUGCGUGCUCACACCCUGGACUCAUACCAAAGAGCUCCCCGAACACUACGAACAAAUGAUGUUUGUAGCGAGGGCUUUCGCUAAAGCUUUAGCGACUCGUUUUGGUACAAGAUACAAAUGCGGAUCCAGCGCUAAUGUUUUAAGUAUAUCAAAUCGAUUUUAACUAUACUUAGGAAAUGAAUUGAAUUUUUUGAAAAAUUUAGAAAGAUUUACCGGUGGGAGCAAAGACUGGGCUUAUGCAGUCAAAGGUAUACCAAUAUCUUUUACCAUUGAGUUACCUGGUAAAGGAAGAUGGUAUCGUUUUGAAUUG